CCUUGUCCUUCUCCAAAUUCCAAUUCCUCUUUUUAUUUUCUGCCCAUUUCCUAAACAACGGCGCAAACCAAAACCAAACAGUCUGCGCUCCCUCUCCCUCUCCCUCUCCCUCUCCCUCUCUUACAAAAACCUUUUUACUCUGUGUUUGAAUUUUCAAGGGCAGGGAGAGAGAAACAUCGCACCCAGUUCACGAAUCACAGAGAGAAGAGUGUAGCCCUUGCCUUGCCUUGCCUUGCCUUCAAUUUCUUUCUUUAUUUCCCCCUCUCUUUUGGAGGGAUUCUACUUCUACUUGUUCUAGCUACCUAUAAAGAGUAUAGCUCAACUCUGUCCAGGAAAGAAAAGAAGAUCUGGUUUUGAUUCUCUUCGGUUUUCUUGCUCUCCUGCUCUCUCUUUUUUCUUCUUUUUGAUUUUAAUUUUAAUUAUUUCCUCGAUCGCUUCUUCUUACUGGUGGGUUUCUUUUAUUUUUUUAUUUUUUCAAAUUGUAAUCGUGUUUUGUUUUGCUCCUCAAUCCCUUUCUUUCUUGAAUUAAUCUUUUGCCGGGGGGUUUUUAUCUUCUUGCUCCAAGGAAGAGGAGGCGUUCGGCGAUUGAUUUGCCUUCCUGUUUGGUGGGUCGUGUGUAAAUGGGCGGAAAGUGGGAUGGAUUGGGUUAGUGGAUGAGGGAGAUGGGUUGGUGAAGCGCUUCAUGCCUCUGCAUACGGUGGAAUGCUAAGAUCUGGCCUCGGAUGUGAAUGGAAUCUGAUGUAUUGGCGACUUGUUGGUUUUGCCUCUUCAGGAAAUGGGAAAUGAAGACGAGUGUAUUCUUGCUAUAGUUGAGGUCAAGUGGGACUCCAUCAGCUGUAAACCAUUGGGAUUUGUUGAGUCACUCAAAUUUUGUGCAUUAAUGGAUUGAAGAAGCUUGCCCUUUUGGAUGCAAUGUUAAAGGCAUUGCCAUCUGGGUUUCUAAUUUUGUUAUUGUUUGCAUCUGUUUCUGCUGCCGACAGCGGAUUUCCGCGAUGUAAUUGCGAUGACGAGGGUAGUUUAUGGAGCAUUGAGAACAUUUUGGAGUGCCAGCGUGUGAGUGAUUUCUUGAUUGCCGUGGCCUACUUUUCUAUCCCUAUUGAACUUCUCUAUUUCGUUAGCUGCUCCAAUGUACCCUUCAAAUGGGUUCUAUUUCAGUUCAUUGCCUUCAUUGUUCUAUGUGGUUUGACCCAUUUGCUCAAUGGCUGGACUUAUGGCCCCCACUCGUUCCAGUUAAUGCUAGCUCUCACUGUCUUCAAAAUCCUCACUGCUCUGGUUUCCUGUGCUACUGCUAUAACCCUCAUCACUYUCAUUCCUUUGCUUCUCAAGGUGAAGGUGAGAGAGUUUAUGUUGAAGAAGAAGACAUGGGAUCUUGGAAGAGAAGUUGGAAUGAUAAUGAAGCAGAGAGAAGCAGGCUUACACGUUCGGAUGCUUACCCACGAGAUCCGCAAGUCGCUCGAUCGACAUACGAUACUUUACACGACCAUGUUUGAGCUGUCUGAGACUUUGGGAUUGCAUUACUGUGCAGUUUGGAUGCCUAAUGAGAACAAGACAGUGAUGAAUUUGACUCAUGAGUUGAAAGGCAGGAGCUUCUCAAAUGGCUACAAUGUCUCUAUACCAAUUAGUGGUUCUGAUGUCAUUAAAAUCAAGGGUAGUGAUGGUGUUAACAUUCUCGGGCCUGAUUCACCACUUGUUGUAGCUAGCUGUGGUGAGUCUGAUGAGCGGGGACCUGCAGCAGCGAUUCGGAUGCCUAUGCUACGAGUUUCCAACUUUAAGGGAGGAACUCCUGAGAUAGUUCCGACCUACUAUGCAAUUCUGGUUUUAGUUCUCCCUGGUGGGCAACCUAGAUCUUGGAAUAACCAGGAGCUUGAGAUAAUAAAGGUGGUUGCUGACCAGGUGGCUGUGGCUCUCUCCCAUGCUGCUCUUCUUGAAGAGUCCCAGCUCAUGAGAGAGAAACUGGCCGAGCAGAAUCGAGCGCUGCAGCAGGCUAGGAGGAAUGCUAUGAUGGCAAGCCAAGCUAGAAACUCCUUCCAGAAGGUAAUGAGUGAUGGGAUGAGGAGACCUAUGCACUCCAUCAUGGGUUUGCUUUCAAUGUUGCAGAAUGAGAACAUGAGUGAUGAUCAACGCAUUAUUCUCGAUGCAAUGGUGAGGACUGGGAAUGUUGUAUCGACAUUGAUAGAUGAUGUUAUGGACAAUUCAAUAAAGGAUAGUGCAAGAUUUCCUUUGGAGUUGGAGAUGAGAUCUUUUAGGUUGCAUUCAAUGAUAAAGGAGGCAGCUUGUCUUGCCAAGUGCUUGUGUGCAUACAAGGGCUUCGGUUUUGCCUUCGAGGUUCAGAGGUCUCUGCCCGAUCAUGUAAUGGGUGAUGAAAGAAGAGUCUUUCAAGUGAUUUUGCAUAUGGUGGGGAGCCUAUUAAAUGACAUCAACCAGGGAGGAGGAUAUGCUUUGUUUCGGGUUGUAGCCGAGAGUGGAAGUCAGGGAAGGAAUGACCAAAGAUGGGGUAACUGGAGACAAAGCUCUUCUGAUGGGGAUGCGUAUAUCAGAUUUGAGAUUGGGAUAAACAAGAGUAAUUCACAAUCAGAGGGCCCUACUCCAAACGUGGUAUCUGGUGAUCGGAGAUACGCCAGUGAUGGAGCUGAGGAACGCUUGAGCUUUACCAUCUGCAAAAAGCUUGUUAAGUUGAUGCAAGGGAAUAUAUGGGUAAUCCCAAAUCCUCAAGGAUUUACACGAAGCAUGGCUCUCGUUCUUCGUUUUCAACUCCGACCCUCCAUAGCAGUGGCCAUGGCUGAGCCUGGAGAAUCUUCUGAACAUCCACACUCCAACUCCCUCUUCAGAGGAUUGCAAGUCAUAUUAGCUGAUGCAGACGAUAUGAACAGGGCUGUGACACGAAAGCUGCUCGAGAAAUUGGGCUGCAACGUGACCGCAGUCUCUUCUGGAUACGAAUGUCUCACAGCCAUGGCACCUGCUGGCUCUUCAGUCCAAGUGGUGUUCUUGGAUCUUUACAUGCCGCAUUUAGAUGGUUUUGAAGUUGCAACGAGGAUCCGAAAGUUUAGAAGCCAGAAUUACAGGCCAGUGAUCAUUGCAUUAACUGCAAGUGCCGGGGAAGAUUGGGAAAGAUGCGUGCAGAUUGGUAUGAACGGUGUCAUCCGAAAACCAGUUCAGUUGCAAGGAAUAGCCACGGAACUUCGCCGGGCUCUGCUGCAAUCAAACGAGAUUGUGUGAGGAGGAAGAGGAGAGAGAGACUGGAAGUUAAUGUUUUAUGUGCAAAAAUCUGGUAUCUUGAUAGAGAGCUAGCAAGCAAUUAUAUUAGUCUCAGUUUCCCCACCCAUCUCUUCCGCCAGAGAAAUCUUGCGAACUUGAAAAAAUUGUUCACAAUUUCACAGUGAAAAUGGUAUACAAUAGUUGCCUCGCACUCUCUUUUCCUUUGACA